CCUAUCAACCGCGCACACAGCGCCGCGGCGGUGCCUUCUACGUCACCAGGAAACUUGGGCUACUCCACGAUAACAAUGCACAAGCAGAAACCAGCAUCUUAGUCUAGAUUGAGUUCCCAUAACUGCGCUUAUGGCUACCGCUUGGGUCAGCAGAAAAUAGAAUAUUUACAAAGAAAAGCUGCAAAUAGCGCGGGACGGGAGUUUUUCCAAACAAGGUGCAAAGAUCAACUGUCCCGAAGGUAAUGGCUGGACUGGAAUGGGAAGACUGGUUUGAACGUGAGGAAUUUAUCGGCCAAAUUAGCGACAUCCGAGUGCAGAAUCUUCAAGUUGAAAGGGAAGUCGUUCAGAAGAGGACCUUUACAAGAUGGAUGAAUCUACAUUUAGAGAAGUGUAAUCCUCCGAUAGAGGUGCACGACCUCUUCCGUGACAUCCGGGAUGGGAAGAUCCUGAUGGCCCUGCUGGAGGAGCUGUCAGGAUGUAGGCUGCUGCAUGGAUUCAAGCCAUCCUCACAUCGCAUUUUCAGGCUUAAUAACAUAGCGAAGGUACUGACAUUCCUGGAGGAAAGAAACGUAAAGCUGGUUAGCAUUGAUGCAGCAGACAUUGCUGAUGGCAAUUCAUCCAUAGUGCUGGGCCUGAUCUGGAAUAUCAUCCUCUUUUUCCAGAUUAAAGAGCUGACAGGAAACAUAAAGAACCAGUUCCCAUCCUCUUCCAGCUUAUCUUCGAUCCCCACCAGCUCAGAUUCUGACACCUCACACUCUAGCACUCCAUCAGAUGACAGGAGGCCUUCCAUUGCUGCCAAGGAUCAUGGGAAAGCCAUAAAGACACUCUUACAGUGGGUCCAGAGACGCACCAGAAAAUAUGGAGUAGCGGUCCAGGAUUUUGGCAAAAGCUGGACAAGUGGCCUGGCUUUUCUUGCAGUUAUCAAAUCUAUUGACCCCAGUCUGGUGGACAUGAGGAGAGCCCUGCUCAGGUCCUCCAGAGAAAACAUUGAGGAGGCCUUCCGAACAGCACACUAUAGCCUGGGUAUACCACGGCUUCUGGAGCCUGAAGAUGUGACCCUGAAUCCCCCAGAUGAACAGUCUAUAAUGACAUAUGUGUCCCAGUUUUUGGAGCACUUUCCGGGAAUCGAGGAGGAUGAUCCUUCAGAUUUCCUGGAGAGGAGCAAGGUCAGCACACGGAUGAAUGAGCCCCCAUAUAGAAAUGGAGUUCAGAGGAAAGAAAGGUUCUGUGUGGUGAAGAGGGAUUGGGUUCAGCCUCUGCCCAAGAUCUUCAUCUCCUCUGUGGCCGAAGGUCGUGAGCAGGCCCGCACUCCUGCCCAACCGCGGAUAGUGGAGGACAGGCCCUGGGAUAGCGAGGAAUCUUCAGUGGAUUCAAGUCCUAGCACCACCGACAGUCGACCUCUCUGCCGCCCCCUGUCCCUGAACAAGGACACGUCUGGUGCUGCAUCUUCCACCACCAGCUCUCCUCAACCUUCCCUGAUUGACUCUGUGAUGGACUCUCCGGAUUCGUGGAGUGAGAUGCCUAGUGAGCUUCCACAGUCUUGCAGCGAUGGCUCUCUGAGUGAGAGUGCUACAUCUAGUGAGCAGAGGUACUCUUCUUAUCCUGGCGAGCUGACAUCAGAUCAGGUGUCACCGCUGCUGUUAGAGAGGGUCUCCCAAGACCAGGUGGACACAGAGCUGUUUGUCGAUGAAGGAAACUUCUCUCUCAGCUCGGUGGAGAGUUUGCAGGCCAAAUCCACACUGCUGUCUGAGGAGGACGAUGCUUAUAGGUACAUUUUAGAUCUUAAGGAGGAUGUGUCUACUGAUCACAUGCCCAGUAAGGAUAUAAUCAGUGAUCCAAAUGCACAGCAAACACAACCCUGCCCUUUGCAGAACCCAGAAAUUGUCAAACCAGCAUCUCAUGACACCUCAUGUGGGGAUAGUGACUCUGGCUAUUAUCCUGGCCAAAAAGACAUCUCUGCAACACAACCGGACAAUGUUAGCAAGAGUGAGUUAACCACUGACACUGACGAACCGGUUGCUGGCACUGAAAACCAGUUCGAAUGUAAAGAAAGUUUAGAGUCCUCCAAAACUGAAGCUGCUCAGAUCAUCACCGAAUCAGACCACAUGGCCUUUUUCGAGGAUGAUGCUGAAUGUCCUGUUCUUCAGUAUGAGAGGAUUUCCAUUUCAGGAAGUGAAGAGGAUGUUGACCUGUCUGAAGAAGUGUCUCACAAGGAGGAAAUGGAGGAAAACAACGUGGCUGAUGUCUUCAGCAGCAAUGUUAAAAAGCAGGACGGCGACACUGGAGAAAAGGAAGAUGCACAUCAUGACGAAAUGACCUGGCCAUUGCAUGUAGACAUUGACCAAAAGGAGCUUGAUCUAGAACCAGAAGACCACAAUACAGAGCCAAACUAUAAAGUAGACCAGGCCUGUACCAGUUUAGAACUUCCUCAGACUUCUACACAUAGCAGUCAGUCUGAAGCAAGGGAUUCUGGGGCAGAUAUUCAUGGGGACGAGGGCCAACAAACUGGUGCUAAGGAUUCGGGCAUGUAUGGAGAUCUGGGAGUGAAGGAUUUGACCAAAGACAACCCUCCGACCUAUGGCAGGCUGGGUGAGAUGAACUCUAUUGAAGUGACUGAAGAUGAAGGGGACGGGACCUACAAGUUAGAGUCAAGUCCUCUGAACCAGGUGAGUGAAAUUUGGGAAGUGGGUGAAGACAUCGCCUACGAUGAAGGACCAAGUCAGGGUGAUAUGAGUGCACCUCUGGAGGAAGAGCUGAAAGGAAGUACAUAUCUUGAACUUGAAGCAAGGGUUGCAGAAAGUAUGAAAGAAGACAUAGCUGUCGAUAACGAAAGCAAGAUGGGGGGUCAUCUCAGUGAGAUGGAGAACAUGAAUGAAGAGGAAGCCUCCUGCACUCAGAAUCAAAGCAGUGGUCCUAAGGCCACAGAGCAGUUAAAGAUCACCGAGUGCAAGGAUGACGUGCCUGCAUCGGCGAUACCGUGUGGUGAUGUCCCCGUAACUGACAUGACCUCAGACGAGCCUAACCACGACACCACUUUCCAUGAGCAAGACAGGCAAUCCUUCACUUCGCUGACCACCACAAGCCCUGCCUCGCAGCCAGACCUUGAUGACAGCUGGGAGCAUGGCAUGCCAAAACAGCCCUGCGAUGGGCAGAGUGGAAGCCAGGCCACCUGGGAGGGGGCAGAAAGGAUUAUGGGUAGUGGCGAGCUAGAAGAAAGGUACCCUGCAAAACUACGACUCUCCCUCAGUGUGAUGCCUUUACAGCCAGCACCCUCUCAAUCUGCCCUCACAGACAGUGAGAUUACCACACAGGAAAAGGUUAGAGAGGGCUCGGUGGAGUCUCCAGAGCAGAGUCCAUUUGAGCCAUGGGCUCGGCACCCGGGAGAGUGGGGAGUGUUGGAGACGGACCUGCCGGUUGAGCUUGGUGAACUCGUUAACGGCGAUGAAGAGCUUGCCGAUGCCAGAGAAAACACAGUGGUGCUGAGGGAAGACGUUGCCAGUGACAGCACUGAAGAUGAAAGCAAGCUGUUGACAGCUCUGUGCUCACAAGAGUCAUUUCACCCAAAGGAAUUGAAGCAGAGAGAAAAUGGGGAAGACACAGAUGUCAUCACACCAGGGAAUGUGGUUGAAAGUUGCGUGUUAUGUAACAGGAAGAUGAGUAGCCCUGCAACGAUUCCUGAGAACACACGUCAGACGGCCUUGUCUGACACCUACUUAUUGCUGGUCGUGUGGCUCCUGGUCUACUGCAUUUUUGUCCUGCCUCAGAUGGACCUGUGGACAAUUCCCAGCCUCCUGCUUAACCUGCAAUGACUGCUGAGUUAAAACUUGAUUCAUCUGCAGAUCUCUGCUUGCAUUGAGAAGAGCAUCCUCUCUCUAAUGUGCUAAAGGUCUUUACAGAAUGGAGGAGCAUUAUGGAUGAUCUGGCCGCUUGUUGAAAUUCUAUAUUCUAAACACUCAUGGGUACACAUGGAUAAAAAGAAGGGUGCAAAUGUUGUUUUUUAGGUCUUUGACUGGUUGCCAGUUAGUAGAUUUGCAGGUUUACAGCAGUUCACCCUAUCCAUUGUGUACACUCUGCAUCUUCUGCACAUGAACAUUUUAAUGAUUAUGUAUUUAAUAAUACUAAUAAGUAUAUCAUCAUAAGAAUAUGCUUUUUGGUCUUUAGUAUGGUAAUGCUGAUACCGUAUGACAAAAAAAGCACUGUAUCUGUGGAGAUUGUGCCCUUGUUUUAGGGUUUAUAUCAUAAAGGUGAUACUACAUAACUCUUUUUUUGUGACCAUGAAAGUAUAUUACAUAACUGUUUUGCCAUAAUUUUUAUUUGAUGUACUUAAAUAGAAGGGGAACAAAAUCUGCACCAUUUGCUUUUUUUCUUCACCUACAAAAUGGCAAAUGCAUUAUACAACCCAAUUAAAUGAAUUUCAACUUUUUUGAGUAGUUUUUAAAAGUAUUCAGCAGAUAUUUGCAAAUGCACAAUAUUUAUAUUACAAUGAGCUUAAAAUACUUUUACAGAAAAAGGGUCUUAAAACCAUACGGGGCUUUAUCAGUAAGCUUCAGUGGUGUCAAUAGCACUUUUCAAAAAACAAAACAAAACAAACAAACAAACAAAAAAACCCACUGAUCGCCAAAGAUGAACUAAACUAAAGGUACAAUGAAUGGAGUGAACAAACAAUGAAUUUGGUUAUUCUUUUAUGAUAUUACAUAUUUCUAAAGUGACAGAACUGUAGAUAUAUAUUUAUGUCUAUUUUCCAGAAUGGAAGAGCACAUGAGAAAUGAUUUCCAGAAUGGUCAAUUGACCCCUUUAUGAAUAUGCAUAGGGUCUCAUAGAAUGUGCUUGUGAUUAAUGAUCUUUUAGUGGUGGUUGUAUGUCUUUGGCAUUAUAUGAAGUGUGUGAGCACAUUAUGCUUGACUGUUUUUAAGGAACCUGUAAAAUGUGCUUUGCAAUAGCAUGUUGCUUUUGCCUUUUUUAUUUAUAGAUACGUUUAAGAAUUCGUCAUUUCAAAGACAAUGCAAUUCCUUCACAUACACUUUAAGAUCUGCUGACACAGUUCUAAUAUGAAAAGCAAUUUAGCAGUGAAAUAUAAAGCUGUAUGCAUUGUGGCAUUAGUAAAGGAACCAUUUCAAUCUUGUUUCUGAAGCCUCAACUUCUCGGCAUGUUCAGUGAAGCUAAAAAUGACGCCAGUUGUCACAAUCUACACAAGGAUGUACUGCAAAAAGGUAUUUAAACGUCUCACAUUUGUAAGGCCAUCUGAUAAAUAUAUACUCCACUUUUUUAUGGAUAUUGUUGUAAAUGCACCAAUCAAGGGCAAUAAAUUACACGCGUCCUAAAA